AGCAUCAUGGCCGCUUCCAGUCUGGUGGAGCCGUUGAAAAUGACAUUUGUUGGGUGAAACACGAUCAAACAGUGCCUAAAUUCCAUUCAUUUAUUAAACGAAAGUACGCAUAGUGCACGCGAUUAAAGCGUAUUCGGUAUUUCUCGUAUCAACGGUUUCGGAAACAACUUUCAUGUGAUUCUUUUUUCAAUUCGUAUGCGAAUGUCCUUCCUACGCUACUUCUCUUUUACGGACGGUAACCAGUGUUUUGUUAAACCAUUAUUCGAGAUAAUACGCGUGUUGUAUUGUCAGGACAUGUUACAAUGAUGCCGAUAAAGGAUAACCAGGAUGUGGCGUGCUUUCUGGUCACCAAACACUCAUGGAAGGGGAAGUAUAAACGUAUUUUCUCGAUUGGAUCCAUGGGUAUAACAACAUAUAAUCCUACUACAUUAGAAGUCACAAACAAAUGGGAAUACUCUGAUUUUAUAAGCGUGCAACCAACUAACAGAAAUCAGUUGGGUUCGCACGAAUUUAGUAUAACAAUGCGCAAAGAACGAAAAGUUGACAAUAUGAAAUUUAGUUCAGAAUAUAGAGCUCAUUUAUUAACAGAGGCUCUUAAGUAUAGGAAUCAAUUUGUCGAAAAGCCCAAAGAAAUUUUGAGGUACCAAGCUUACAAGCAUCAUUGGUCUGAUACGAGAUUACCUGUUGUAUUAGAAGUGACACCAUAUAGUCUUGACCAAUUAGAUCCUGCAACAAACAUGGUUUUAGCCAGUUAUUGUUAUAAAGAUUUCGAAGGGAUUGCUACAAUGAAAGAUUAUCCCAAUGGAUUUGUAAUAGUGUGUGGCGGAUUUGGACGUUUGCAUCUGUUUGCUUCUCAGCAUAUGGAUGAAAUAAAGAAAAAGCUGCUGGAAUCAGCUAUGAACAAUUUAGGUAUCAACAUAAAAGUUUUGAAAGAACCAAUCAAACUAGAUGAUUUCGUUGCCCAGAGAUUGGGCAAAUUUAGCGGUGACGAACAUAUAACAAGUGUAUCAGAAUUCACUGUUCACAAAUAUUCAUCUAGACAUAUAGAUCCUCAGAGAAGAACUCUUUGUCUUUCGGAUACUUGUUUAUUGGAGAGAGAUCCUCAGACAUAUAAUGUUUGUACUCUUAGACCUUUGUCGGAUAUUUUUGCGUUGAUCCGUGAUAACGAGAACCCACAACUAUUUACUAUACAAUACCUCAACGGUCAAACGCGCAGUUACACUGCAACAGAUAGGGAUUCCUUGUUAGCGUCUUUAUUGGAUGGCGUUAGAGCGUCUGGUAACAGAGAUGUCCAUGUCGGAAUGUAUCUAAUAGCUAGAGGGAAAAGACUCGGACCUCUCAAUUUACCUGUUGACGAGGAGGUUGAAACGUCACACGUUAAGUUUCUUCAGCAGCCACCCAGUGGACGUACUUUCGCUGAAAUUCUGGAAAGAUUUAAUGCAAAUGUCCCCUACAGUGGUCUUAAUUAUUCCGUGACGCAAGAUGAUGUUAUACCGCUUGAAUGGACUGUAGUUACAAUGCAACUUCAAAUAAUUCAUAAAGUGAAUAACUACUUGCAGGGUCUUUUUACUGAAAACAAAGAUAAAAUCAUUCUCGGUGCUUUACAAACGUUGGUCAAUAAAGAUUUGGAAACGAACAGCGAAAUAGAGGCGCAGUUUCAUGCUUUGAGACGAUUGGUUGCUAGUAAAAUUGGUUUCACCGCGUUUACAACUCUUCCCGGGUUCAGGGAAGCUAUAGGGCACAAAGUUGUAAAAGCUUUAAACAAACAAGACUGUGGUGUAACGCAGGCUGCUAUAGAUUGCAUUUGCGCUCUCAUGCAACCGAUGCACGACGAUUGUGAUCUAAGACAGGAACAAUUAAACAAAAGUAGUCUUCUCAGCAGUAAUAAAUUCUUGGAGAGCUUGCUCGAUAUGUGGAUUAACCAUAUUAACCAUGGUACAGGCGCUUUGGUAGUUUCCGCCAUGCUCGAUCUUUUAACUUUUGCUCUGUGCGUACCAUAUAGCGAAACAACCGACGGGAAACAUUUCGACAAUCUUUUAGAAAUGGUUGCCGCGAGGGGGAGGUCGCUUUUUAAAUUAUUUCAACAUCCGUCGCUAGCUAUCGUGAAAGGCGCUGGUUUGAUCAUGAGAGCGAUCAUCGAAGAGGGUGCGCCAGAGGUUGCAGCAAAAAUGCAAGAACUCGCGCUCGCCGAGGGAGCUUUACCGAGACAUCUGUUGAAUAGUCUUUUUACUCUCGGUACCGACGGUAGACUGUUAACCCAUAGGCAGUUGUGUAGGCAUCUGGUAGGACUCUGGAUCACAGGACACCCUACCGCUAUGGGUCUAUUGAAAAGGAUCAUGCCUGUUGGUUUAUUAAAUUACUUAGACUCUGACGAGAAAGUCCCCGAUUCGUUUCUCGAGAAAGAGAGAUUAAAUAACCGUGACAACUUAAAGAUAGCAAUAGAUCACGCGUCGAAAAACAAGAAGAGCCCCCAGUGGAUCGCUAUCGAGCGUCAAAUGCGCGUUGUUGAGAAACACGUGGAGCACGCUCUUCAACAUUGGGGGGCCAGAAUCGGCAUCGAGCGCAAAGAGAAAAUCAAGGAACGUCCAAUAGUGUUAAGAAAACGCAGAGAGAGAAUCAAAUCGGAAGCGAAUUGGAGUUUGUUUUAUUAUAAAUUCAACCAGGAUCAUUCACUGCCGAAUUUAAUUUGGAACCAUAAGACACGGGAGGAAUUGAGAACGGCCCUCGAAAACGAGAUCCGCGCGUUCAGUUCCGACAAGGAUUUAGCAGGCGGAACUCUGAUUGCCUGGAAUCAUAGGGAAUUCGAAGUACAGUAUCAGUGCCUGUCAGAUGAAGUGAAGAUUGGCGAUUAUUACUUGAGGCUUUUGUUGGAGAAAGAUAGUCCGGACAGUCCAAUAAGAAAAUCGUACGAAUUUUUUAACGACUUGUACCAUAGAUUCAUAUUAACAACAAAAGUUGAAAUGAAGUGCCUUUGCUUGCAAGCAAUGACUAUAGUAUAUGAGCGAUAUUACGAAGAUAUUGGUCCAUUUUCGGAUACAAAAUAUAUUGUAGGAAUGCUGGAACGUUGCACGGACAGAAUGGAACGCGAUAGGCUAGUCAUGUUUAUAAAUAAACUAAUAUUACACAGAAGAAACGUAAAGGAUAUAAUGGAUCAAAACGGAGUGCGGACGUUAGUCGAUCUACUGACGUUAGCCCACUUGCACACGUCUCGAGCAGUCGUACCUACGCAGACUAACGUGAUAGAAGCAGGACCACAGCAACAACAAGCCAUGGAGAAAGAAUGGUACUAUAACGACGGUGAUCAACGGAAAGGACCUAUAAGCUUGAAAGACUUGAAAGAGUUGUAUCAAACGAAUCAAAUCACAUACAAAACCAAAGUUUGGGCACAAGGAUUGGACGGCUGGCGUAUGGUCUCGCAAGUGCCGCAAUUAAAAUGGACGUUAGUCGCGAAGGGAGCACCGGUAAUAAACGAGAGCGAAUUGGCAACCUUAAUUCUAAAUAUUUUAAUCAAAAUGUGCGAGUAUUUUCCGAGUAGGGAUGUCGACGACGCGGUAAUCAGACCUCUACCGCGCAUGAAGCGGUUGUUAUCUGAUCUUCAGUGCCUACCUCAUAUUGUUCAACUUUUAUUAACUUUUGACCCGGUUUUAGUUGAGAAAGUAGCUACUUUGUUAUGCGAAAUAAUGCGGGAUAACGCAGAUGUUUCGAAAAUUUAUCUUACUGGUGUCUUCUACUUCAUACUAAUGUACACUGGUUCCAACGUAUUGCCGGUGGCGAGAUUUUUACAAACGACACACACGAAACAAGCUUUUAGAAGCGACGAUAACGUAUCGUCUGAUAUCAUGCAGCGAAGUAUUCUUGGGCAGCUUUUGCCCGACGCGAUGGUCAGUUAUUUAGAAAACCACGGCGCUGAAAAAUUCGCGCAGAUAUUCCUCGGCGAUUUCGAUACACCAGAAGCUAUUUGGAACGCCGAAAUGAGGAGAAUGCUUAUAGAGAAGAUAGCAACACAUAUCGCAGAUUUUUCUCCGAAAUUAAGAAGCCAUACUAUGGCGAGGUAUCAGUACAUUGCUAUACCUGCUAUAAGGUACCCGCAAUUAGAAAAGGAAUUGUUCUGUCAAAUAUUUUAUCUGCGGCACCUUUGCGAUACUGUAAAAUUCCCACAGUGGCCUAUUCCUGAACCUGUGCGAUUACUAAAAGAUGUGCUAGAAACAUGGAAAAAAGAAGUAGAAAAGAAACCACCACUGAUGACAGUGGACGAAGCCUAUAAAGUUCUCCAAUUGGCUAGCGGAAAGCAACACAAUGAGGCUGAAGUUAGAAAGUCCUAUUACAAGCUUGCACAAAUGUAUCAUCCCGACAAGAAUCCUCAGGGCAGAGAUAAAUUCGAGGCUGUCAAUCAGGCAUACGAGUUUUUGUGUAGUCGAAGUUGUUGGUCCACCGACGGUCCGAAUCCUGAUAACAUAGUCCUUAUUUUAAGAACGCAGAGCAUCCUUUUCCACAGAUAUUCCGACGAGCUUAGACCUUACAAGUACGCCGGAUAUCCGCAGUUAAUCAAAACGAUCAAACUAGAGACAGACGACGAACAAUUAUUCUCGAAAUCCGCGCCACUGCUAGCCGCUGCUAGCGAACUUGCAUAUCACACGGUACAGUGUUCUGCUUUGAACGCGGAGGAGCUUCGCAGGGAAGGUGGAUUAGACGUUCUGUUAGAGGCUUAUACGCGAUGCGUUUCCGUUUUAAAUAAGUCUAGUAAACACUCCGACGUAGCAGUACAGGUCUGCAUGCAUAUCACUAAAUGUUUCUCGGUUGCUGGAUCGUUUAGAGGCUGCAAAGACAGAAUCAUCGAGCUACCACAACUUGUUAAAGACCUCUGUAGAAUAUUACACUUCAAGCAUUUAACAAAGUUAUGCUCGGUGGCUACAGAAUGUAUCUCCUCCCUUGCUACGGACAGCGUGUUGCAAAUGCAAUUGCUACAAUCCGGUGCUCUGUGGCAUUUACUGCUGUUUAUGUUUAAUUACGACUAUACGUUGGAAGAAGGCGGGGUGGAAAGGAGCCAGGAUGACAAUCGCCAAGAAGUGGCGAAUAACUUGGCUAAAUUGGCUGUCCGAGCUUGCGUUCGAUUAGGCGGUUACGCGACCGGAGAAAACGAAACGCCUAUCAAUCCUGUCACGGUAGCCGCUUUAGAAAGUCUGUUAACACCGUAUCUCUCGCGUCAACUAGCAAAGAAUAAGCCGGAGGAUAUACUGAAAAUCUUGAACUCGAAUUGCUCGAAUCCUUAUCUAAUUUGGGAUAACGGAACUAGAGCAGAAUUAAACGAAUAUCUGGAAGCUAAGCGACAGGAACGAUUGAAUGGCAGUGAGGCCUUUGAGCAUGACUUUAGCGACUUCAAGUACAGCAUUCAUGCCGACGAACUUAUUAUCGGGGAGAUAUUUGUAAAAAUAUACAAUGAACAACCCGUAUUUCCGAUAGAGAACCCUAAGAGCUUUACGAUCAAUUUACUCGACUUUCUAUCUAGUUCGUGGGAGUACUUGGCGUCUCUGGGGAAUGUAGCAUUAGUUAAGAAAGAUCACGAGAAACUGGAGCAUAUCGCCAUGUCUCUGGAAGCGUUGAGAAAUGUGAUUAAAAAUAAUCCAGGAAUCGAAUUACAAUGCAUAGGGCAUUUCAGAUUAUUAUUCGUACUGUUAAGUUGCAAUAAUUUCAAGUUGAUUCAAAGAAGCGCGCUCGAAGUGAUCAACAACGUCACGAAAAAUCAAGAAUGCGUGGACGAUAUCGCGGCAAAUGAAGUUAUAGUGCAUUUGUUGUUAUCUUUAAAUACUUUAAAAGAGUGCCAGCUUCUUAUACUUGAAACAUUAUACGCUCUGAUGAGCUCGACGAAAAUCGUCAAAGAAGCACUGUCCAAAGGAGCCGUCGUCUAUGUUCUCGAUCUAUUCUGUAAUUCAAGUAAUACUCAAAUACGCGAAGCGGCCGCGGAAAUGCUUGGGAAAAUGUCGUCGGACAAAUUAGCUGGGCCGAAAGUAAAACUGGACUUGUCGAAAUUUUUGCCGAGAUUAUUUAGCGAGGCGAUACGAGAUGCCCCUAAACAGUGCGUGCACAUGUUCGAAACGAAACACGAGAAUCCUGAACUGAUUUGGGAUGAUAAUGCCAAAGCUAGAGCUUCUAGGAUCGUAACAGAAUUAAAAGACGAAUAUUACGCGUUGCAGAGGAGAAAUCCUAAUGCUGUAUUAAAGUUACCCGAGACUCAGAGUAAUAUCGAUAUAGCAACAAACGAACCUGUAGUGGGAGGUGUAUAUCUCAGAUUAUUUAUAGCGAGUCCUGCGUGGGCUCUUAGGAAACCUAAAGAAUUUUUGAGCGAACUUAUGGACACGACAUUGACGUUUAUGUCCAAAGAAAAAACUGAUCCGGAUAUGUUGGAAUUGACAACACAAGCAUUAGUAUGUCUCCUCCAAGCACAACCAAGUUUAGCAGACCACGUUCCAUCGUUAGGCCACAUACCUAGACUCUGCCGACAAAUGGCGAUGCAAAAUAAUCAACCAUCCGUGUACAAAACUGCGAUUUUAAUACUUCAUCAAUUAGCAACGAGCGAGACUUGUAUAUCGUCGAUUUGUCAAACGGAAUGCAUAAGCCCGUUGAAACAUGCUAUGCAAUCUAGAAGAGAUAUGAUCGCUGUAGCGUGCGAAACGUUGCAUAGGUUAUUUUCAACUAACGAGGAUAGACUUAUAAAACAGGCAUUGGAUGCCGACAUGGUACCUUAUCUGUUGAAUAUAUUAGAGGGGCGAUUAGACGCUAUCGAAAAUCCUGCAACAACCAAAGCUCAAAUAGUUAAAGCUUUAAAAGCAAUGACUAGAAGUUUGUUGUUAGGAGAGAAAGUGAAUGCUAUACUAGAAAAGUCGAGUGUCUGGGCGGAAUACAAAGAUCAGCGGCAUGAUCUCUUCCUUUCCAAUUCUACUAAUUCUGGCUACCUUACUGCUGGAACGCCGGUGUCCGCUGGUUAUUUAACGGCUGGUCCAAGUAACACUUUAACCACCGGCCCACCACCAGUUGACAAAGAAGAUACUUUAAUUAACAGGAAUGAUAGUAUCUGAUAUAGGUAGCAUCGAAAGUAAAACCGAGUGGCAGUAAGAAUGCCAAUCAUGAAAUUCCUAUCGGUAUAUUCUAUCGAUAUAAAGACUACAUUGCCUGUGAUUUUCGGCUCCUUAAAAGAUUAAGGAAUUUAUCAAUCGAAUAAUGUUUUUGUUAAAUUUACAUUUAUAUUUAGAUUAUUACGAUACAUAUAACUGAUACUCUUUAUUAUGCUGUAUAGGCAGAUUGUGUAAUUACGUAAGCAAUGUCAUUCUUUACAGCGGCGUUAGCGGGUGGCAGAAGAUAGUAUUCAAUGAAAGUCUAUUAUUAAACAAAUUUUUCUAGAAGAAUAUCCCUCGAGAAAAAGAUAAAUCUCCUUUGUUCACUCCAAACUUCACCCGAGCAAAGUUUCAUUUUACACUUAGCAAAUUUCCUCACGAGUAUUCACGUUUAUCACGAAACUGAAUUUACAUUAUCGAAGGAAUUUAUCAGUUUAGAGAUUAGACAUCAUGCAUCUGUAAAGUAAUAAUGUAAAGAAGAAACGUGCGUCCUUUGGAAGUCUCGAGCAACUUUAUACGCAACUGGAAAUUAAAAAUACAAGUUGAAUAAGAUGUUUCUUACGGAACAAUUCGUGCGUCGCACAACAAUUUUCUAUGCGAUAACACGUGAAUUGCAAAGAAAAUUUAGUGAGAAACACGUAAAUGAAUUACUUUUACUAUAAAGGAAACAUGUUUUAAAGAAUUCACAUUCUUGGCGCACAGAAGAUUAAUUAUUGUUGCUGUAUUCAAAUGUAAUUAAUAUUCCUUGGAAGACUUUCAAUGAAUGUAUUAUAUGUAUUUUAAAGACUUAUAAGCGAGAACUGUACCUAUCUGGUCCAACUUUCAAAUAUUCAAAAAUUCUCAUACAUCAUCCAUGUUUUAUUACCAUCACCAUUACAUGAAAUCGUUAUAGUAUACUACAUUUAAUAAUAUACUUUCAGGGGUUAAUCGCAUAUUCUAAUACCGCAAAAUGCUUUUACUUCUUCCAUACGAAACAUUUGUAACGAUAGCAAAUAUAUCAGAUCGAACACAAACAAUAACAAUAACUGAUACUCAAACAAAAAAUGAACACACAUUGUUCUUUGACGCAAAUGAAAGAUACGAAAAUUGUAUAGCGUAAAGUCGGUUCGCCGUUACUUUUUCAGUCACAUUUCAUGCUCGUCAUUUUUUCAACGAAUUUUCUAAGGAAAGCGCUUAGAAAUAACGAGUGCAUAUUGAAUGCCUGCUAACGAAUUAGUGGAUUGUAUAAAAAAAAAAAAAAAAAAAUAAUAUUAGUUGAAUGUAACAGUAACUGAAAAAAAUCGAAUGUAUACUUUAUAAACGUGAUGUUCAGUCUUUAAUUCCAUGCAGUGUACGUUUUCUAUCACAUUUUUUGUUGUUUUCUUAAAAUGUUUAUGUAUUGAUAAGUAUAUUUUGUUAAAUAUUUCAUCGACGCUUAAAAACCGCGGUAAGUGACAAAGCUAAUCGGUGAUACUGAACGAGGAUCUAUCAAAUGAAUUAGGCUCCAUGGGUUAGAGAGAGUUCCUCUUUUCAUAUCAAUUUUUAGUAUUUUAACGGAGCGAUUGAUUUAGCGAUGUCGAACAUACGUAGAGCUUAGAUUACAAAACACGCGUUUUGCGAUGCUCUUCACUUGCCAUCCAUCAAUUUCGAAUAGACUUUUGCUACUCCUGAUCGAGGAGUCGAGCGAUCCCGAGCGCAUCGAAGGAAGAAACGACGACAGUUCCUUUCGUAAUAGCACCGUGUACCGUGUAUAAAUUUCUAUAUUUACAAUUCUGAUAAGAAAACGGACAAACCGAGUUCCUCAUAGAGCCCCUCAAUUUCCGAAACGUAGAUCGCACAGGAAUUUCGCGUGAACAUGAUUUCCGUUCGCUCGAUUCGUCGAUCGAAUUACUUUAGUGAACAAAAACAAAAGAAUGCUGAGCGUUUAAUCGGUUAAUACGAAAUGAUCGAUCGUCGAGUAAGUGAGAGGUAGAAACGAAAAUGGUUGGCAUGGUAUCGAUGUGCUGUGUGUAAUAUUGUUACUGUCAGUCGAGUAACCAUGAACAAAUAUGGUACAGCCUUAGUUAUUUUUAUGUAUUUACGCCUGAGUUCUUAAGGUCGAGAGUAAGAUAUUGUAUAUACACACAUAUGUAUAUGAAAAGAAGUUAUACCACAGAUUAUUGUACGUACAAUUAGAAAAUAAACGAUUUUGCACAUGGUA